GCCGAACUCUAGUUUCCAAAGUUUUGCUGUGGAGCUAUGAACAGCUGAUGGACAACGAGAAAAAAACAGAGUGUCAGCGUAAACUAGCCGCGUAGAUAACAGAUGGAUGAUAUCAACGUGCUGCACCACAGAUGCCUCCUGAAUUUGAGGCGUAGAAUCCGAGAUAUUGGGGAUGGGCGCCCAGCUCAGGAACGAUACAUGAGGUUACUGAAGGACGGAGACACACUCAGUUACCAAGGGAACUCUGAAGAAGUGGGUUGCUAUGUGGCUGGCCAUCCUCUAUCAAAGGGAAACUGCUACUUUGAGGUGACAAUAGUGGACACAGGGGUGAGGGGGACCAUUGCUGUGGGCCUGGUGCCGAAAUUCUACAGGCUGGACCACCAGCCUGGCUGGCUGCCAUACUCUGUAGCUUACCACGCUGACAACGGCAAGUUGUAUAACGGUAACCCUGUGGGGCAACAAUUUGGGCCUAAAUGUGCUCGUGGUGACCGCAUCGGCUGUGGAAUACACAAAGAAAAUAUCGAAGGAGGUUUUACAACAGUCUUUUUCACCAAAAAUGGCAAAGAGGUAGGUUCAGUGGAGGUUCCCGUGUCUGCUGAGGGGCUGUUCCCCGCCGUAGGGAUGCACUCUAUGGGAGAGGAGGUGAAGGUCGACCUGCAGGCUGAGUGGUUCCUGGAGGAGGAUGAUAGCAUGAUGAUGGUGGACAGCCAUGAAGAUGACUGGGGACGGCUUCAUGACGUCAUAGUGAGCGGCACGCUCUUGGAGUAUGUUGGCGAAGGAAAGAGCAUCAUGGACGUGGGUUUGGCUCAGGCCCGCCAGCCACUCACCACCCGCUGCCACUACUAUGAAGUGGAGAUUGUGGAUGCCGGAGAGAAGUGCUACAUUGCCCUGGGCUUGGCAAGAAGGGACUACCCCAGGAACAGACACCCGGGAUGGAGCCGAGGAUCGGUGGCCUACCAUGCAGAUGACGGCAAGAUCUUUCACGGCAGCGGGGUCGGAGAUGCGUUUGGUCCUCGCUGCUUCAAAGGUGACAUCAUGGGCUGCGGCAUCAUGUUCCCACGAGACUACAUCUUGGACGGAGAAGGUGAAAUGGACGACUGGGAUCGGCUGGAGGUCCGUUCGGGUCAGGCAGCCGUCCAGAAUGUCGUGUACUUCAACGACGAGGAGGAGGAGGAGGAGGAAGAGGAAGAUGGGGACGAGGUAGAGCAAGGAGAAGAAGGCAGGAAGGUCAUGGUGUUCUUCACCAGGAACGGGAAGCUAAUGGGCCGCAGGGAGAUGGCGGUACCACCAGGGGGCCUCUACCCGACCGUGGGGAUGCUAAGCAGCGGGGAGAAGGUCAAAGUGGAUUUGCAUCCACUCAGCGGAUGAGCCGAGAGCCUGAACCCUGGACCUGGACUUGUGACGCCCUGCAAAACAGCUGGCUGCACUGUAGAGCUCACCCCACGGUAGCCUAGCAUGCUGCUAUAACAGCCCCCCACUGGCCAGAACUACACACACACACACACACACACACACAC